AUGUACAUCCAGGGUGGAUCUAUAGCCACCUGUUUGUUUAUGAUGGAGUGGGUGUUCAUCAUGAACCGGAUGAACUCUCCGGGAAGUUUGGCAGCUCAGCGUCGCGCUGGCCCUCGAGUGGCCAUCCUCCUCUGGUGGAUGUUAUACUGGGUCGCCUCCUCCGAGCUGACCUCCUACAUCUUCAAGCGACAGGAGUACAACAAACCUUUCUUCAGCACAUUCACCAAAACCUCCAUGUUUGUGCUGUACCUGCUGGGUUUCCUGCUGUGGCGCCCCUGGAGGCAGCAGUGCACACGCAAUCUGAAAAGUCAGCGCUCUGUCUUCCUGCCGUCCACUCAAGCCCUGGAGGCUAAGCUGUCCCGCAUGUCCACUACCCCCGCAGCCAAAGACCAUGAAGCUGAUGCUGCCCAGUGUGGCAAGCUCACCGUCACCGAUGUGGCCAAAGUCAGCUUCUUCUUCUGUUUUGUGCUCCAGUUCCUAAGAGAAAUCAUGACAACAUCACUACAGCCUGACAUCGUGAUGGGCUCUGUGGCCACCAAGGCUGUUCUUUUGGUGGAGCUCAUGGUGCCAUGGGACGAUGGGCUGGAGGCAGCUCAUGAGCGGAAGUGGGAAAAAUACUUAGCCGAGUCCAGACUAUCGGGAUCUGAGGACCUGCUGUAUCCUUCGGCUGCCUUCACAGCCACUGGGCCUGUUACACUCAUCUUAACUGCCAUAUUUCCAAGCAACAGCAGUGACCGCUUCACCUUGUCCAAACUGUUAGCUGUGGCUCUCAGCAUAGGAGGUGUUGCCCUUGUGAGUUUUUCCAGCAUGGACAACCCCAAUGACAAAGGCGUCAUAGGCUCCUUGUGGUCAUUGGCUGGAGCCGUACUGUAUGCUAUCUACAUCGUAAUGAUCAAGAGACGAGUGGAUCGGGAGGACAAGCUCAACAUUCCCAUGUUCUUUGGGUUUGUGGGUCUAUUCAACCUGCUGCUGCUGUGGCCCGGUUUCCUCGUGCUACACUACACGGGCUUUGAGAUGUUUGAACUUCCGAGCAAGCUGGUGUGGACUUACAUUCUCGUUAACGGCCUCAUCGGAACAGUUCUCUCAGAGUUCCUGUGGCUGUGGGGCUGUUUCCUCACUUCCUCCUUGAUCGGCACUCUGGCACUGAGCCUUACAAUCCCGCUUUCUAUUCUGGCAGAUAUUUGCAUGCAGAAGGUACGCUUCUCGUGGCUGUUUUUUGCCGGGGCUGUCCCAGUCUUUCUGUCCUUCUUCAUUGCUACACUUUUGUGCCAUUACAACAACUGGGAUCCUGUCAUGGUCGGCCUGAGGAGACUGUACGCCUUCAUUUGCAGGAAACACCGUAUUCAGAGACUGCCUGAAGACAGUGAACAGUGUGAAAGCCUCAUUCCUCUGCACACAGUUUCUCCACAUCAAGGAAGCUUCUGCUCAUGAUCCAACAACCACUUACGAGGUGGUGACUGAGGAUCGGGAUUAUUUCACAGUCUGCUAACUGUCAGAGACGUUGAACUAUGCCGGUGCCUCCAGUUAAAUGUUUAUUCUCAGCCGUUUCUGCCGCUGCUCAUCAGCAAACACAGACGGAGGUUUUUUACUGAGGAGGAUCUUUAAGCUACAGAGGACAUGCACAUUACGUCGGUCCAAACGCUGUGGUACUGACGAUGCUAAUAACGGUGCAGCAGCAGCACUCUGGCUUCCAGGUGUUCUUCCUGUGGACUCAUGAAGGAAGACCGCUGGGCUGACGUCGUCUUUGUCCAUAAUCCCUUUUUGCUGUUUUGCAGGUGUGACUGAGAAUUUCUGAUGAUGAAAAUUUAAAACACUUAAUCUUAAAUUGAGUCUUCACUUCUUCUUCUGGGGCUCAGGUGGUAGUGUGGGUCGGGGAUCAAACUCUGAUUACUUUCCUGCAUGUCCAACAAAGCCCAGACACUCUCUCUGCUCAGGUUGUCACUUUGCAUCAUGCUGGUAAGUCUGUCUGUCUGUCUCUCUGUCUGUCUGUCUCUUUCUUUCUCUCUCUCUCUCUCUCUCUCUCUCUCUCUCUCUCUCUCUCUCACUCUGUCUGUCUCUCUCUCACUCUCUGUCUCUCUC